AUGAUUUUAUACAUAGUACGAUUGUGGUUUACUUUCUCAGAGAAAAUAUUUUUGGAUAUGCGAAAAACCAUAGACAGGCUUCAGCACUUGAACGAAAAAGAUAUAAUUCCCACUAAACUGUUAAAGUCCAAAAACGUGAGCGAAGUGACGUCUUUCAUUUUUGGAAUGAUCCGUAAUGACGAAGUAUACGGUCGGUUCGACAAGCCCGUUGAUGACGAGCCGCGUUAUGUGGCUCAAAUUUCAGAAACGGCCGAAGAUAGGUUCAAGAAGUUUCUGUCAGAUAACUAUCAAGAUAUGAAAAUGUCCACGACAAGGUUCCCAUUGAAGGGGUACGAGGAACUGAAUGAGAAAGUCGAUAACCUAGUUCGGUUAUUUUUGGAGCAUGCGCACCAAAAUACCGCGCACUUUGCUUCUAACAGCAAGGUGAACGAGUAUGAAGAGCGCGUCAAAGCAGUGUUGCCGUCAAGUGGCCCAUCCAAGGGCCCUUUGACGCUCUAUCUAGUAUACAGAAUCAGCCGGAAAAUCUCAAAGCUUUUGUUCGGCAUGUUCGAGACUAAGGAAAAAGUGAUACACAACUUCGAGAUGACCGUCGACGCGUACUCACUGCUUGUCGCGAACCGGACGAACCGUGUGAAUUACAACACUAAGGUCUAUAAGCAACGCAACAGUGUCGACGUUGACGACUUCAAUAAUUUAUACGAUCAGACGUUGAAGUCGAUUCACAAUGAAUAUUGUAUGGUAUAA